AUGCAUCAUGUCCAGAAAGAGGAAAUCGCAGACGAGAACGCGAUCACGGAGGAGUUCAAAGAUUUAGAAUACCUACUUUCCGAUGAAGUUCUGGACCCGCCAGAACUUCCCUGGAAGUAUGAUAUCCAAGACUUGAAUUGGGGUUCUCCAAAUGACGCAAACACUCGCUUUUCUACGGUCCCACCCGACAUACAAGAUAGUACUCGAGCCAAUCCAGUGGAUCAGCUUCCUGCCGAUUCAUCUGAGGUUCACUACACAACCUCGAAUCACACAUACUCCCAUGUAGACCAGCGAGAUGUUGCACCCAGCGUAGGAACAGGACUAUCUGGGGGUUUGCCACUUGCCAGUAGUGAGAACGAUGGGUAUUCUAUUGACACAGUGCGGUAUGCUUCCCUUCGAGACAAUCAACAGCAAAACACGCUCAAACGCCCAAUAGAUACUGUCGAGAAUUACACAGCGCCAAUGCACAGCAUGUCAAUACCCCCGAACAAGCGUCGACUCUCUCAAUCAUUCAAUGACCUGGACCCUCCAGAUCCUGAGAUACUCCAAAACUCGGAGAACAGAGGAUCAGCAAGGAUAGUUGCAGGAUUUUCACAGAGGCCGUUUGAACGCAAAAUCGCAAACACUCUCCUAUUUGGUAAACCGAAGACCACUGUGGGAAUUCUGAAAUGUAUUGACCAAGAUACAGGAUUAUUUACCCGAUCAAGGAUUGAUGAUGUAACGAUACCCCAAGAUUCCAAUAAUGCAAGUGUGACAUCGCUUGCAGGACUUGAAGACGGUUUGUUGUGUUGGAGCAGUGAGCUAAACUCGAUCAUACCGCAGGAAACCUUCGUGGACCAAUUUGGUGAACGACUUCCGUGGAGAAGUACAUUGAAGUAUACUGAAAUCAAACUUGAAAACCAAGGAGAAGGUGAUGUCAGAACGGCAUUAUGGAAGAAGUUUAAUGACGAUCAUAAGGGCAGAAGGACUUACAGUGGUCUCUGGAAAUUUUUUCUAAACAAAGAUCGAUAUACGUCGAUAGUUCCCUGUUCAGCAGAGAUUGAGACAUCUGAGUGA